AUGGUACGAUGUGAUAAAACAAGUUCAGAAUUGAAUCCCGUCUGCAGCGUUUAUGGGUCGUUUUACAUUGUUUUAGUAACGGUUACAGCAGCAGUGACCUCCUGUUUCUCUGUGACCUGGUUGGUUAGUUUUCUUUACCUUCUUCAGUUCAGGUUGGGUUCUGCUCUGCUGAAAGUCGUCCUGGAGCCGGCGGAGGCAGUGAGAGAGUUACUGAUCCACAGUCUGCAGAGAGGAAACACGCUGGAGAACCACAACCAGAACCUGGAGGAGGAGAACCGAACAUUGAGACGGGAACAGCAACGCAUCACUGCAGAACUGAAGCGUUACGCUGCAGCUAAAGGAGCGCUGGAGGUGGAGCUGUACUCUCGCUUUGUUCUGGUCCUCAAUGAGAAGAAAGCAAAGAUCCGCAGUCUGCAGGAACGUGUGACGCAGCUGCAGGAAAGCAGUUCUGAAGGACAGAAAAAUGAUGAUUCGGUAAAAUGUGAGCGAGCAGCAGGCGAGGAAGAGGAAGAUGAAUAUGGAGGAAGUACUGAUGAAGAGCCAGAGGAGGUGACUCCAGCCUCCACUUCAUCAUCCCGAGGACGCUCUGCUGCUGCGAGCCCAUUGGACGACGGCCUGAAGGACAUCACAGACGUGGCCCCGUGUCGCAAGAGGCGCUUCCGUCACCUCAGACCCCCGGAGCCACCGAGCGUCCAGAGGAAGAGGACCGACCCCCCUGCAGGAUCCAGUAAGCAGCAGACCCCCCCUCAGCGCCCCUCAGAUGCUGCGGCAGCAGAGGACCUGUUUGAUGACUUUUGACCCUUCUGACUGGUUCCAGUGGCCGCACAGAGAGAGAACACUGGUUCAGACUGUCGGUAAUGGGUCAUGUUUUUAUACUGAGUUUAUGAAUUAUGGAUCACAGCAAAUGUAUUGAUAAGGAACUGUUCCUGUAGAAACACAGAUGGGUGACAAAUAAAGGAGAAACCUGUGUCUCUGUCUCUAGAACCAACAAUAUAUUCACUUAUUAUGUGUCCUGAUGAUGUUCAACCACCUGAAGGAUCCCUAACAUCUGGAGAACAACUUGAGGAUCCUAAAGUAAGACUACAACCUCCUAAAUCAACCCAAGAACCCCCAAGAGGAUCAUUAGAACCGUGUUGGGAUCCCAGAUGAUCGCUAGAAUCACCUGAGGAAGGAUCACUGCCACCUAAAUCAACUCUAGGACCAUCUAAGGACCCCUAACGAUCCCAACCCUAGAACCUCCUAAUGGAUCACUAGAAUCACCUUAUGGAACCCUAGAACCUUAUAGAAUCACUUCAAACAUCCCAAAUUAUUGCUAGAACCACCUAAAUGAACCCUAGAAAAUUCAAAAUGAUUGCUAGAGCCGCCAUCAGGAACCCCAAGAAUUUCCCUUAGGCCAACUAGAACCACUAAAGGACACCUAGAACAUCCCAAAUGAUUGCAAGAAUGACCCAAAGGAACCUUAGUACCUCUUAUUGGACUAAUUGAACCACCUAAAGAAACCUAAAUGAUUGCUUUAAUCAUCUAAAUUGACCCUAGAACCACCUAAAUAAACCCCAAGACCCCUUAAAGGAAUCGUAGAACAUCAUGUUGGAUCACUAGAGCCAUCUAAAGGAAUCAGAGAACAUCCUAAAUGAUUGCUAGAACCAAUUAAAGAUCUAAAGGACUGCUCGAGAACCACCUAAAGGAGCCUCAGUGUCCUGUGUUUCAGGGUUUUCUGUGAACUUGUCGCCCGUCUGAAGUUCUGAUGAAUCUAAAUGUGUUUUAAAAUCUGUGAAGAACUCUUAUCUUCUGUAUCGAUCUUCAUGAACUCAAAAUUAAUUAUGAUUUCUACAAUUUCACAUUUUAACAUUUGUACCAAUAAACGGUGUGAACAAGU